AUGGCGGGCUGGAUCCAGGCUCAGCAGCUGCAGGGAGAUGCCCUGCGCCAGAUGCAGGUGCUAUACGGGCAGCACUUCCCCAUCGAGGUCCGACAUUACUUGGCGCAGUGGAUUGAGAGCCAGCCGUGGGACGCCAUCGACCUGGACAAUCCCCAGGACCGGGCCCAGGCCACCCAGCUCCUGGAGGGCCUGGUGCAGGAGUUGCAGAAGAAGGCGGACCACCAAGUUGGGGAAGACGGGUUCCUACUGAAGAUCAAGCUGGGGCACUACGCCACGCAGCUCCAGAACACAUACGACCGCUGCCCCAUGGAGCUGGUGCGCUGCAUCCGCCAUAUUCUGUACAAUGAACAGAGGCUGGUCCGAGAAGCCAACAAUGGUAAUUCUUCUGCUGGGAUUCUGGUUGAUGCCAUGUCCCAGAAACACCUUCAGAUCAACCAGACAUUUGAGGAGCUGCGACUGGUCACACAGGACACAGAGAAUGAGCUGAAGAAGCUGCAGCAAACUCAAGAGUAUUUCAUCAUCCAGUAUCAGGAGAGCCUGAGGAUCCAGGCUCAAUUUGCCCAGCUGGCCCAGCUGAACCCCCAGGAGCGACUGAGCCGGGAGACGGCCCUCCAGCAGAAGCAGGUGUCCCUGGAGGCCUGGCUGCAGCGCGAGGCCCAGACGCUGCAGCAGUACCGCGUGGAGCUGGCCGAGAAGCACCAGAAGACCCUGCAGCUGCUGCGGAAGCAGCAGACCAUCAUCCUGGAUGACGAGCUGAUUCAGUGGAAGCGGCGGCAGCAGCUGGCGGGGAACGGCGGUCCCCCUGAGGGCAGCCUGGAUGUGCUACAGUCCUGGUGUGAGAAGUUGGCGGAGAUCAUCUGGCAGAACCGGCAGCAAAUCCGCAGAGCCGAGCACCUCUGCCAGCAGCUGCCCAUCCCCGGCCCCGUGGAGGAGAUGCUGGCUGAGGUCAACGCCACCAUCACUGACAUCAUCUCAGCCCUGGUGACCAGCACAUUCAUUAUCGAGAAGCAGCCCCCUCAGGUCCUGAAGACCCAGACCAAGUUUGCGGCCACUGUGCGCCUGCUGGUGGGCGGGAAGCUGAACGUGCACAUGAACCCCCCCCAGGUGAAGGCCACCAUCAUCAGCGAGCAGCAGGCCAAGUCACUGCUCAAGAACGAGAACACCCGCAAUGAGUGCAGCGGGGAGAUCCUGAACAACUGCUGUGUGAUGGAGUACCACCAGGCCACAGGCACCCUGAGCGCCCACUUCAGGAACAUGUCCCUCAAGAGGAUCAAGCGAGCCGACCGGCGAGGCGCAGAGUCUGUGACGGAAGAGAAGUUCACGGUCCUGUUUGAGUCUCAAUUCAGUGUUGGCAGUAAUGAGCUUGUGUUCCAGGUGAAGACCCUGUCCCUUCCUGUGGUUGUCAUCGUUCACGGCAGCCAGGACCAUAAUGCUACCGCCACCGUGCUGUGGGACAAUGCCUUUGCUGAGCCGGGCAGGGUUCCGUUUGCGGUGCCCGACAAAGUCCUGUGGCCGCAGCUGUGCGAGGCGCUCAACAUGAAAUUCAAGGCCGAGGUGCAGAGCAACCGGGGCCUGACCAAGGAGAACCUGGUGUUCCUGGCGCAGAAGCUGUUCAACAGCAGCAGCAGCCACCUCGAGGACUAUAGCGGCAUGUCCGUGUCCUGGUCCCAGUUCAACCGGGAGAACUUGCCCGGCUGGAACUACACCUUCUGGCAGUGGUUCGACGGGGUCAUGGAGGUGCUGAAGAAACAUCACAAGCCCCAUUGGAAUGACGGGGCCAUCCUAGGUUUUGUGAACAAGCAACAGGCCCAUGACCUGCUCAUCAACAAGCCCGAUGGUACCUUCUUGUUGCGCUUUAGUGACUCAGAAAUUGGGGGCAUCACCAUUGCCUGGAAGUUUGACUCUCCUGACCGUAACCUGUGGAAUCUGAAGCCAUUCACCACACGGGAUUUCUCCAUCCGAUCCCUGGCUGACCGUUUGGGGGACCUGAACUAUCUCAUCUACGUAUUUCCUGACCGGCCCAAGGAUGAGGUCUUCUCCAAGUACUACACACCUGUGCUCGCUAAAGCAGUGGAUGGAUACGUGAAGCCACAGAUCAAGCAAGUGGUCCCUGAGUUUGUGAGUGCCUCUGCAGACUCUGCCGGAGGCAGCGCCACCUACAUGGACCAGGCUCCUUCCCCAGCCGUGUGCCCCCAGCCUCACUAUAACAUGUACCCACAGAACCCUGACCCAGUGCUCGACCAGGAUGGAGAAUUCGACCUGGACGAGACCAUGGAUGUGGCCCGGCACGUAGAAGAACUCCUCCGCCGCCCAAUGGACAGUCUGGACCCCUCUCUCCCCACGCCCACUGGUCUCUUCACCCCCGCCAGAGGCUCGCUGUCCUGA